AAUAUAAAGGGUGCAGUGCACAGGCAUCCCCACCCACCCAUCGCCACCCAUCAAUCCGCCUUUCUCUUCCGGCUCCGCUCCCAAACCCCUAAAAAUUAUAAUAAAAAUCAUCCUUCAAAUUCCCUCUCCCUCUGAAAAAUGGCAAGCAGUAUCUCCGCCACAGCUGCAAGCGAGCCAGAGCACAGUACCAAAGAAAGAGAAGAAGAGAAUGCAACUUCAACUAGAGCAGCGGAGGAUGAAGAUACUGGAGCUCAAGUUGCACCUAUCGUGAAGCUGGAAGAAGUCGCUGUUACUACUGGCGAGGAAGAUGAAGAAGCCAUCCUUGAUCUGAAGGCGAAGUUGUAUAGAUUUGAUAAAGAAGGGAAUCAGUGGAAAGAGAGAGGAGUUGGGACUGUGAAGCUUUUGAAACAUAAAGAAUCUGCCAAAGUUCGUCUUGUUUUUCGCCAAUCUAAGACUCUCAAGAUCUGCGCUAACCAUCUAGUUCUGCCGACAAUUAAUGUGCAAGAGCAUCAAGGAAAUGACAAAUCAUGUCUGUGGCAUGCUGCUGAUUUUGCUGAUGGGGAAUUGAAGGAUGAGCUUUUCUGCAUAAGAUUUCCGUCAGUUGAAAAUUGCAAGACCUUCAAGGAGACUGUUGAAGAGGUGGCUGAGACUCAGGGAAAGAAAGCGGAGAGUAAAGAUGCUACAGAUGCUGCUGGACUCAUUGAGAAGUUGAGUGUUGAGGAUAGUAAAAAGGAAGAAACAGAAAAGGAAGAGGUACCUGUUGCGGUCAAAGAGGUUAGCAAAACUACAGACGAUAAAGUGAAGGCAGAGGUAGAAAAGAAGGACGAGCCUGCUUCGUCUGCAUAGAGAAAUGAAAGGGAGCUCAGCUGCUCGGGUUUCAGUAUAUGUAUUCGGUUCAGUGGUUGUGUUGGAACCGUGGAAGGCGGCUGGCUUUGGUUUGCCUGUUGGUCAAAUAGGAUCAUUGUUAAUAGAUUUUAUCAGAGAACAUUUUCCUUGGCAAAAAUCUGGGUCCGUAGACUGAAAGACUGAACGAGUGCUUGCAAGGUCAUCUUGUUUCUUCUCCCAAA